ACAGAAGAGAUUCUCUUACCUUCAUCUAUUCUCCAUCUCCUCCUUCUCUUCUUCACACUCUCUUCCUCUUCUCUCCUCAAAGGAACAGUCCCCAUAUCACUUCAGUUCCUCUGAUGAAUGACUCCCUCUCCCCUCUCCCUCUCCCUCUCCCUCUCUCUUCCUCUUUUAUCUCCGUUUUCCCCUCUGUGACUAAAGGUUUCAGCUCCCUCUCCGUUCGGGGCUGAAACUCACACUCCCAUUCAUUCACUCCUCGAUCGGCCAUCCGACAUUUCUUUUCUUUUAGUCUAUCCCAUAUAUAUUUCCACAUCAACAUCGAAUGGAAGGUGCUGCGACAGCUGAUGCCAUGAAUGGGUCCAUAACAAGGCCAGAGCAGAGCCCGGUUCCAGGUUCGUGUCCCGGCAGCAGAGGCGUCAGCCUAUCCGGCAGUAUUGCGGAGAGGCGGGCGGCUAAGUGCGGCUUUAAUGUUGCGCAGAUCAGCACGGCACGUUUCAGGAUGUCGGGGUCCCUGCCUUCUCUGGGUGGGUCGGGGACACCCUCCCCCUGCCUCACUAUUCCGCCCGGGAUCAGCCCUACUGCCCUGCUUGAUUCCCCGAUCAUGCUCCCCAAUUCUCAGCUGUCUCCGACCACCGGAACGUUUUCAUUUCCACCAUUUCUGGAUGACAGUCCGAUCCUAAGAUCGGAUGAUGAGAAAGGAAGCAGUGAAGACAGCUCAGCUAUCGCUGUCAGGCCUCCCUCCAGUCCUGUCUAUCUUACGGGCUUCCCUGAAUUAGGAGAAGAUCAGGAGACCACUGCUCAUGAUCGAGACUUUCUCCCCGGAAAUAAUUUGAUGCAUUUUGAGAUCCAACCGAACCUUCCCCAGGACCAUAAGAAAUUUCCCAUGAAUUCACCUUCCAGUGAAGAAGUGUUUGGUACCCCGGAUCUGAAACCGAUCCAUAUGGGCUCAGAGGUUAGCAGUGGUAAUGAUUCUGGCGGUCCAGCUCUGAUGGAGAAAGAAUUUGUUCAGGAAGAGGGUGGCGGGACACAGGAUGGUGACCCGAAAGUGCCUUACAAUGCCCUCGGACUGGUAAAAACUUCAGAGGACGGAUACAACUGGAGAAAAUAUGGACAGAAACAGGUCAAAGGAAGCGAAUAUCCGAGGAGCUACUAUAAGUGUACUAACCCGAACUGUCAGGUCAAAAAGAAGGUUGAGCGAUUCCAUGAUGGUCAAAUAACGGAGAUCAUCUAUAAGGGGGCACACAACCAUCCGAAACCUCAGCUCCCGAGACGUGGUGCCACAGGGCCAGUCUAUUCUUUAACUGAAAGCAUGCCUGAGAUCGACGGAGGGAGCAGAACAGUGACCUUCAAUACUGAGGGCGGUCCUGUCCGGAGAAACGUCCAAGUGGGUCAUAAGGAUGUGAAGCCCGUCGGUCUUGAAGGAACAUCCCCGACUUCUGUCAUAACUGAGAUUUCAGAUCCCCUAUCAUCGACCCCUCCAGGGAAAGGGGUUGGCGUAUUUGAGUCAGAGCACACCCCCGAGCUCUCGUCCAUGCUUGCGAGCCAUGAUGAUGAGGAGGACGGGGCCUUAUUCUCAGCCUUGGAGGAAGCCGAUGAUGAUGAGCCGGAAUCAAAACGGAGGAAGUCUGAGAACUGCUUCGUGGACUCGAGCUUGGCAUCCCGAGCUGUUCGUGAGCCGAGAGUUGUCAUUCAGAUUGAGAGCGAGAUAGACAUUCUUGAUGACGGGUACCGUUGGAGGAAAUACGGUCAGAAAGUCGUCAAAGGGAAUCCAAACCCGAGGAGCUACUACAAGUGCACUAGUGCUGGUUGCUCGGUGAGAAAGCACGUCGAGAGAGCCUCUCAUGACCUUAAAUACGUAAUCACAACCUAUGAAGGGAAGCACAAUCACGAAGUUCCAGCAGCAAGAAACAGCGGUGCUGGAAAUGGGAAUCCAAGCGGAGGUGGAAACUUAGGUCCACUUCCACCUCCUCAUUCUCAAUCCUCGGCCUUGGCAAUACCUAGAAACCCGAAUAUUGUUGCCAAGCCCGAGUCUCAAGUUCAGGACCUCAUGCUCUUUGAUAGGAAGCCCGAGUUUGGCACCGAGUUUCUUAGAUCUGCCAGUCUGCUGACUAAUUUUGGGAACGAGAUGAAGUUCGGAGCUUCCUCCAUGUACCCAGUGAAGUUCACUCCACUGCGGAGCUGUGGUUCAUUUGGUCUGGGCCCUGGCCCGAGCCCAAUCCCUCAGGCGCGUUCGAUGACUUCUGUUGUUCCGGACUUCCCAAGCUCUCUGCCUUUCAAGUUCAACCAGCCUACAAACAUUCCCCUGACUAGCCUCGACUACAACGGGAAAGCAUCAGGGUUAGCUCGGUCUUUCCUCUCAGGACAGCAGAUGAAGGAGAAGGACGUGAGAUUCCUCACCCCGAAGCAGGAGCAGAAGGACGAUCACUUUUACGACUCGAGCUUCCCCAUCAUGGACCCUGCUUCUGCAUCACCGGCUGCGAUGUUCCCUCAAGCCCUCGUGGGCUUUCCGUAACAAGUCAUCGUCUCAUGGCAAAUGUUUGUGCUGGUUUUCCCUUUUCCCUUAAAGAAGAUCAUAUCAUCUUUACUACAGAUACAUCGCCAAUAAUGAUUUGCAUUUGUUUGUUAUAGAACUGAAAUUGUUCUUCUGAAUAAUCUUUUCUGGUGUGUGAAGUGAAGCGAACCGCCUAUUGCAUUGUCUGUAAUUGACUUGAUUCAUUUAUAUGAUUAGUUAUCCAUUUAGCUCCUUGGAAUCAA